AUGGCGUUGUCUCAUGCCACGCUGGUGGCGGCCCUGGCGCUCACCUGCGCCAGUCUGACGAUCGCCCAAGUCGUCUCGGGCGACGGUGUCACCUGCAUCAAUGGCGCUCUCCAAUCGGAUGGUGCCAGCUAUCGCGGCAACCUUUCCACCACCGAAACGGGCAAGACUUGCCAGGCCUGGGCCUCGCAAACGCCGCAUGCUCACAACCGCGUCCCUUCCAACCCAUUUUUUGCCAAUGCGGGCCUCGAAUCCAACUAUUGUCGCAAUCCAGAUGGCAAUGAUGCCCCUUGGUGCUACACCACCGACCCAGACCAACAGUGGGAGUACUGUGACGUCUGCGCUGAUCUCUCUGCAGGUGUAACCGCUGCUCCGACCACGUCGACCACCACGACUACUACCACGACCACUACCACAACUACUACAACUACUACAACUACUACCACAACUACAACUACUACCACAACUACCACGACUACCACGACUACCACGACUACCACGACUACCACGACUACCACGCCUGCAACGACGACGACCACAACUACCACAACCACCCCAGCCUCGACCACCACCACCACCACCACCUCCGCUACGGGCACGCGCACGUACACCCUGGCCCUCAACAGCGAUGCUACGCUGUACGAAGACGAUGGCAUUGGCGAGAGUUUGAUGGCAAACGGCGCUGGUCAAUUCCUCUUUGCUGGCAACAACGGAGUCAAUUCGAUUCGUCGCUCCAUCAUGACCAUUUCGACUGCUUCGCUUCCGGUGACCGGUCUCGUUCUGGAUGCUACCUUGGUGCUGCACGUCAACCGUAGCUCGGCUGGUGGACAAACCUUUGCCCUUCACCGACUCACGUCCUCCUGGACUGAAGGUUCCGUUGAUCCCGAUGAUAUGGAGGGCACUGGUGCGCCAGCCACGCUUGGAUCGGCCACCUGGAAUCACCGUUCUUAUGGCAGUGCAUCUUGGAACACCCCCGGUGGUGACUUCAUCUCUGUGCCAUCAGCCUCGGCCAGCGAUGCCGGCGAAGAUUCCUACCUUAUUUUUGAGGGCUUGCAGACAGACUUGGCCGACAUGAUUGCUAACCCAGCUACCAACUUUGGUUGGAUCCUCAAGGCCGCGAAUGAAAACACGGCCGCCACUGCCAAGCGAUUUGAAUCGCGUGAGAAUCCUGAUGUGAAUGGAGUGCGUCCUCGCUUGGUGGUGAACAUUCAACUUGGUGGUACCACUACUACUACUACCACUACCACCACCACUACCACUACCACCACUACUACCACCACCACCACUACCACUACCACCACCGCCGCUCCCACCACCACGUCUGUGGUAUCUGGGGAAAUUACCCUACCUUCGGCUUCGUACACCGUUGCGCUGGCUGCCGUUGACGCUCAAGUGGCCGUGUUUCCAGCCAGCACCAGCGUCACGGCUCCUGUCACCAUUUCCGAGACUACCGUCUCCAUCUUCCCGCGCCUCAAUGGCAACGAUGAGACGCUGACAGUCAACCUCAACGGGCUGGGCUUGAUUGGCGUGUUUACUCCCGGCUCGGGCGUUCUCGAGAUUGCGGGUUUCGCUGCCCCCAGUGUGUACGCAGAGGCUCUGCGUCGUGUUGUGUACUCCAACACGGCCGGCAGCAAUAAGAUCGUGGGCACGCGCACCAUCACCACGACUUUGACACAGUCGAAUGGCGCCACCUUUUCCACCCAGACCUUUGUGUUUGUCUCGGGUGCUGCCACUACAGAGGAGCCAGAGACGACGACCACCACCACCACCACUACGACCACCACUACUGUUGCCUCCACCACCACGCCAAUGGAGCCCUACGCAUCUCUGUUGACGGGCCUGACUCUCGAGCGGUACACCGACUUUGUGUUUCUUUUGGCCGCCAGCAACAUGCAGAAUUUGCUUGCUACCGGCAACUUUACCGUCUUUGCACCUUCGCGCGAGUAUUUUGCCAACCUAACAGGCGAGGAGUACAACAACCUCCUCGCCGAUCGUGUGGAACUCGCAGCGGCUGUUGGGUUGCACAUUGUCCCCGGUGUGUUCACCGCACAUGAUUUCAUGGGUGGUGUCCGCUUGACCACGGAACAAGGUGCUCGUCUGCGUGUUCGCGACUUGGAGGGCUCGUUCACCGUUAACGGCGCUCUCAUCACCCGCACCAAUAUCAUGGCCCAAAACGGCGUCAUCCACGAGAUUGACGCGCUCCUUCUGCCAGAGGACCUGACAACCGCCACCUCGACGUCUUCCUCCACCUCCACCUCUACUUCCACCUCGGCCUCGUCUUCCUCUUCCACGUCGUCUUCCACCAGUACCAGCACCGCCACCAGCACGUCUACUAGCACCGACACAGAUGUGGUCGAGCCCUCAACUACGCUGGCUCCCACGCGUACGCUGGCUGAUAUUGUCUUCUCCGAUCAGCGUUUCCGUAAUUUUGUUUUCUUGGCUGCCUCGGUGAAUGCCCUUGGUAUUUUUUACGGUCCAGCUGACCACACCGUUUUCUUGCCAACGGGUAACGCUCUGACCAGCCAGUUGGUGGCCGAGGUGACUGGCAACACGACUGCUAUCAGCGCCAUUAUCAACUACCACAUUGUUGCUGGCACGCACCUUUCUGGCGACCUCGUUACAGGCGCUCGCCUCAACACACUGCAGGGCGGUGCAGUCCGCACCAGUGCCGCUGUCAACGGCGGUCUGGCCGUCAAUGCUGUUCCCGUGCUCGAGGCUGAUGUUCGCGCUACCAACGGUGUUGCGCACAUCAUUGAUGAGGCUGCUCUCAUGCCCUUUGGUCCGGGCAGCGGGGAUCUGGUCUCCACUUCGACCUCCACCUCCACCUCCACCUCCACCUCGACCUCGACCGCGACUUCGACCUCGACUGUUGUUUCAACGAAGGCACCCGAGCCCACCACGCGCGUGUACGCCUCGAUCAAUGAAGUGCUGACUUCCAACUUCCAGUUUUCCGAUUUUAUGUUCCUGAGCGUGGCUCUGGGUCAAAAUUCGCUUUGGUCCGUGUCGGGUAACACCACUUACACGGUUUUUGCCUUCACCUCCAACGCCUUUAACAACCUCGAUGCCAGCUUCUCCAACCAGCUGCUCAUGGAUCGUCCCGAGGGCACGCGCGUGCUGCUGUACCACGUUGUGGAGGGCACCUACGCUCUGAGUGAUCUUACCCAUGGCACGAAGUUGCCAACCCUGCAAGGAUUUAGCGUCCGCAUCACCGUAGAUGUGGAGGGCACUGUCAUGGUUGACGGCGUUCCCAUCAGUGAGGGUGAUAUGAUGGCCUCAAACGGCGUGGUGCACACGCUGGACGCUGCCGUCCUCGUGCCGCCCCUCACCACCACUACCACCACCCUGUCCUCGACCUCCACCUCCACCAGCACCAGCACCUCAACCAGCACCUCCACGAGCUCUUCCACCAGCACCUCCACCAGCACCAGCACCUCGGUGACCACGACGGGCGAGACCUUGGCCAGCGCGUUGCUCAACAAUUUCGAGUUUAGCAAUCUCGUUACGCUGAUGUACGCCUCGGGCUACUUUGACGAACUCGAGAACCAAUACCCUGUGACGCUCUUUGCACCCACCGACGACGCGCUGCUUGAAUCGGCGGAUACGAUUGCACUGCUGCGCGACCCCGCUGCUGCGCGCGAGUUUUUGAACUACCAUGUGGUCGCCGGUCGUUUGUACUUGAGCGACCUCUUUGACGGCCAGCGUCUGCAGACUCUGAGUGGACGCAACAUUCGCAUCACGAUUGAGGAAGGCUCCGUCUUCCUCAACGGGGUGAUGGUGAACAUGGGCGAUAUCAAAACUGCCGACGGCGUGGUACACAUCAUGACCAACGUGCUUACCCCCAAUGACGAUUCAACCAGCACUAUGACCUCGACCAGUACUAGCACCAGUACUAGCACCAGCACCAGCACCAGUUCGUCAACUUCGAGUAGCACCCUGGUGUCCGACGUGCUCGAGGCCUUGACGCGUCGUUUUGAGACCUUCUCCAGCUUGCUGGUCCUCAUCACCUCGUCGCGAUGGGAAUCAGCGUUCCAGGCUGAAGACAUUACCAUUUUUGCUCCAACCAACGAUGCCUUUGCUGCUCUGUCUGGGGGUACUUUUAGCCGUUACCUCUCGAAUAAUGCCGAGGCUCGCCGGGUGUUGAACAACCACAUUGUGCUCGGUCGCCUCUCAUAUGAGGAUUUGCAGGGCCGCACGUCGCUCACGGCCGUCAGCGGUAUGCAAUUGACGGUGAGCCAUACUUUGGAUGGCGUCGUCUUUGUCAAUGGCUAUGUGGUUGAUUCUGAAAUGAUUGAGGCCGGAAACGGCAUGUCUUUUGCCGUGACGGGUGUCCUACGCUCUGGUGUCAUGGGUCCGGGUACGACAUCCACGACCACAACUACGACCACCACGACUACUACGACCACGACGACGACGACGACGACGACCACCACCACCACCACCACCACCACCACGUCCUCGACAAGCUCGACCACGAGCACGGCUACGAUUCCAGACUUUACGUGCCCCGCAACCAGCAGCGGCAUGUGCGCCAUCUUCGACACAGUGGAUCAAACGCGUUGCGUCAACUGCCGGCGGUCGGUUCUGUUCCAAGGUUGUUGCCUGGAUGCCUGUCCAACCGUGCCUUCAGGCAACGGGCAACCGCGAUAUGUGGUUCAGGGCACCGGUAAUUACAAGCGCCGAUGCAUCGAGAAUCCCUUGUGGAUCCCUGCUGGCUCGACUGUGAACCAGCCCACCUCUGGACCUCUGGGCACCACGCCUCGUACCUGCCCGUUGGAUUCGAGCAGCAACUGCAAUGCCUUCCAGGGCACUAGCUGCACGCAGUGCCGCAACGGAUACUACUUUUUGGACGGUUGCUGCUACUCGACUUGCCCGUCCGGGUAUGUGAACGUGCCCAGCGGCACAUUUAAUUCAUUCUGCAAUGAGGAAAGCGACGGCGAGUGCCCCAACAACGCGGUUGAUUGCAACGCCUUUACGACUGGCACUGAUCAGUGCACGCAAUGCCGCAACUCGGCCGGCCUGCUAAAUGGCUGCUGCUUUGAUGCCUGCCCCUGUGGUUUCCGCAUGGUGGGUACCGGCCGCUUCAACCGCGUGUGCCAGCCCGAUGCAACGCAAGUCUGCACCACCACGAUCGCAGCGACGACGACGACGACCACCACCACCACCACCACCACGACACAAGCUUCAGUGUCGACGACCUUGCUCCCAGAGACGAGCGGUGAUCUUACUUUGACGCCCGACGUGGCGUCAACCACCACCUGUGCUCUGACUGAAUUGGUGUAUGACUACGAAAGCACCAACGACAAUCGCGUGCAGCGCUUUGGCUCAUCGGUGCGGGUGGCCAGUUCGGAUGUGCUGGGCGUGUCAUAUUGGCAAUUGAGUUCGAGUGUCGAGUCCAACAUUGCCUUUAUCACGUACGAUGUUCCAGUGGAUGGCCGUUACGCCGUUGGACUGGCGUUCCCGGUUUUGGCGAACAACUCGCAAACAGCGGUUGUAGAAGUGGUGACAGGUGGUCAGGCAGCGCAAACGUUCUUCGUGAACCAGCAAACGCCCUUGCCCGUGGAUGGCUUUACUGAGAUUGGCGAGUUUGACUUCCAGGCUGGGAGCUUUGUGCAGUCUGUGUCCAUUGCCAACCACAACUCGGGCACGCUUGUAUCAGGCAACGUCGUCAUUGAUGCCAUCCGCUUGCGUCAGACAGAGUCUUUUGCCCCCAUGCACAACACACUAACGGUACUGCCCCUUGAUUCGCACAACAGACCAACACCUGCCAUUCACGCUGCCGAUCUCAUGAGCUCUGAAGCAGCAGGCAGCAGCAGUGUGUAUGUGUGUGUGUGUGUGUGUGUGUGUGUGAAAACACAGAAGAAGAAGAAGAGAGAUGCUUGCUACCUCCUGCACGACAACCUUGUGACGCAGUGGGCUCGGACCCAAAACGUUACGUUGCCUGGUCAGCUGGACUGUGGUGCUCGUGGGUUUGACUUCCGGCCCAUGGUCCGAGAGGAUGGCCAGCUGGUGCUGCACCACGGUGAUGUGAUUGUCCAUGUUGAGGUUGAAGUGGCCCUACAGGAAAUCAUCAAUUGGAGUCGAACGCAUCCAGAUGAUUUGGUGGUUGUCUACAUCUCCCAUUGCGACGGAACCAACUGCACACAGAUGGCGCAAUCCGCUGUGGAAGCCGCCAGCCUCUAUGCAAUCCAGGAUUGUAGUGUUCUCCGCAACCUCACCUAUGCCAACGCUGCCCGGGCUGCCAAUGCCAGCACUUCGGGUGCCCCUGUUCUUGCCCUCUUUGACUGCAUGGAUGAGCUGUACGAUCCAUCUGUCGAGUGCUACAUGCGUGAAUCUGAGUUGCACGAGGCCGUUUGUUAUGAUCCGGCUACGGAGUCCUUGCCCGUUAAUCAUUUCCUGUCCUACCUGUCAAGUGGCACACCAACGACCAAUUGCCUAGACACGACAGCCCCUGCGCGUCACGAAGACGACGGCCUCCUGUGGCUGACGCAGGCACACUGGCAGUACUCGACAGCCAGCGUCACGGCUGGCAUGGCACACGAAAGUUCGAUUCUUCUGGACGAGGAGAGGAGCCAAAACAACCAGCGAAUCGCCAAACUUUUGCAGCAAGGCGCCUUCAAGCAUCUGAGUGUGCUCGAGACCAUGUAUGCGACCAAGGCAACGUCAUAUAUAAUCUGUUGGCCCAACGAGCCUAGCUGCAGCAGAGGUUUACUUCAAGGCAUCCCGACUCAGGCCAAUCGUUGA